CAAUCCCCGACCCCACCUACACCAUCUUCCAAUAAGCGUCCCAGUCCUGAACAGUUGGUUUCGAAAAAGAAGUCGUUCCCGGAAUCCAGGGAAACCGCUUUACCUGGCAUCCAUUUUUGGCUUCCCAGCGCAGCCACACAUACAUAAGAUGGCGCCGCUCGCGCUUCCCGUCGUUCCCGCCUCGUCGGCCAAAUACCGUGAGUAUGUUCACAAGCCCACUCAGAGACAUCCCAGAAGUGGCGCCGUGGAUUACGACUAUGAUCGAGAAUGGCUAUGCCGCUUUUCUAAUUGGGACGGACUUGAAUCGUUGGAGAUAUCCGCUUACUACAUACAGCAAUGCACGGUUUCCACUCAGGCUAUGGUUAGUGGUUCGAGUCCGUAAGGGUAUCGACAAGGAGCUAGCACGAAGGAAGUUACAUGAAGGGCAGCAACAAGCGCAGCUUGGACUAGGUCCCUAUUUCGCUGUCACCGGAUUUGAACAUGUGGUUUGGGGUGCGUCUCGGCAAACUCGAGGACUUCGGAAUGUCCUUACACGUCAGAGUCUCAUUUCAGUCCCCGGCAGCAAAUUUCUUAGAGACUCGGACGCCACGUGGCACGAGACUGAGACGAACGAGAAUGGAGUCCAACUGGUUUGUGCAAGUACUGGCACGGCCGGUACUGUCCCUUUGACCGAGCUAUGCCCGACACAAUGGCAGGAUCAGUGUCAACCUCGCCGCAUCGGCUGGCACUAUGGAGUUGGUGGGGGAUGCAACCGUUCUACACCUGGAGCCGUCCUGGAGGAGAUGAGAGUGGACAAAUACCGGCCUGUUUUCCGAUGCCGACGCUCUAUACAUGCAGCCGGCUCCGGCGACACAUACAGGGGUCGAAGUCUCUGCUUGUCGUGGAGGCCGGGAAAUCAGGACGUUUUCCGUUUGCCCUACCUCAACAUAAGGACGAUGAGAAUGCAAUAUACGAAAUCGGGGCAAUACCUACAUGGUGAGGAUGGCUUCAACCAAAACGCGUACCUUGUUGAACCGGAUGAUCUUGCUUUGGCCGUCCGAUUCGAAUGCGCCCCUGGACCAACAGAUGUUAGGGACUAUCAGGGGAUUCCGUGGGUCUAAGGGUAGGUUGUGCUGUUUUUCAUUGUAUAGCAAUGCAGUUCAGGUAAAUUGACACUUUCCAUUCUUGUGUGAAAAAGCCACGCGAUCUCUC